CAGUACGUAUACACAAUGGACAUUAUUAUUUAUUAUCAAUGGCGGCAGAGAAUAUAAUCACAUUCUCCCUCUCUCUCUCUCCGCUUCGAGUGUUGACAUAAAACAGUUAGAACAUACGCUCUAUACAGACCACACCGCCAUUUUUACAACACAAAAUAGCCGCAAAAUAGACAGAAUGUCAAAGGACGAAAAGAAGCCCUUCCGGGUCAUUCUCUGGUGCGUCCCUCGAGCUGUGUCAACGGCGAUAUCAAAAUGUUUCAGCUUUAUUGACAACACGGAGUCUUGGUUUGAACCAUUCUGUGGACUUUAUACACUCGAGACAUCCUGCGCCCCCAUGGGUAUACCUUUGCCACAAAACGAAGGAGAAAUUGAUGAUUUCUUGGAGAAAUUAGAGGCGACAGUCAAAGACACUCCGCUGGAACCAUUCAUGAAGAAGGAGGCUAUAAACCGUUCUAUGCUCCUACCAAGGAAGAUUCAAGAACGCCUUAACUCUGCUCCGGCCGACAAGAAUGUCUUCGUAAAGGAUAUUGCUAUUGCUGCCCAAGGACGAUAUGACUACUUCCCAGAUGGUUACCGGCAUACAUUCCUCAUUCGCCACCCGGAGCGGAUGUUCCCCUCCUUCAGGAAAAUGAUCAUCGACUGGGGUCUAAAGAGCAACUUGAUACCAGAAUCUGUUGCAGAAGAGAUGAUCAAGAACUUUGACUUCACCAGAGAUCUUCCAAACGCCACACCAGGUUUUCCGUACGACUGCCAGUACAACCUCUGGCGACACAUCAAGGAGAACUACGAGGAGCAGCCCGUGGUCAUGGACGUCGACGAGAUGCUGGCCAACCCUGGUAAAAUGCUUCCGAAGUUCUUCGAGGCUGCUGGCAUGCCCUGGGACGAGAAGUACCUUCGUUGGGACCCGUCGCCAGAGGGCGCUUUAGAUUGGCACUGGGUGUUCAAGAUGGAGAUGGACAAGGCCAGCUUUGGGAACAUCCACAAGGAAGCCGUUACCUCAUCCGAGUUCGGGCCUUCUAAACCUCUUGUACCACGUGAUCAGAUGACCCCGGAUAUAAUAAAAUCUAUAGAUGGGGCGAUGGAAUACUACAAUGAGAUGGCAGCAACUAGGAUUACUAUUUAGAUCCAUCGAGACAAUAAGGGUGUAACUUGUUAGAGCAAUGAUAUAAGAUAAGACUAUGACAUUUUUAAUCACGUACUGGAAUUUUUCAUGCAAUCUAUAGUCGGUCCAGGUCAACAAGACGGUAUAUUAAGGUAGCCAUUGAAUAUCACAAUUAGAAAAGGGGUACAAAUAUUGACGAGAUUGUGCCCCAAGUCCUUUGAAACAAUAAUUGGGUCUCACUGCGACUUUAUCGAUCAUGAAAUAUUCGGCAUUCAAUUAUAGAAACAUUUUGAGGUAAAUGACAUCUUUAUACAUGUAAUUAUGCCGAUAAUCAACGUGAGAAUACGUUUUCAUCAAUGCGAAUUGAUAACUUCGCAUAAGCAAUUUUCUAAAAAUAUUUUGCGUUGUCAUUCAUAGGACAGUGUUUAAUAGGUUUUAAUUUACAUACAGUAUAUGUAGAACACAGAUGUCAGCACUCAUUCAAUGAACAAGGUUAUAAUAUAACCUUGUUCUCAGUUAUAUCUCCAUGCAUGUGUGACAAAAUAAGGGUG